AUGAAGUGUGCGCUGCAGCGGCACGCGGCGAUACGGUCCGCCCACCUUCAUCUCGCCCGCGAAGCUGAGAGGUCGACAAGCAGCCGGCUGACUCUGCGCGAAAACACUUCACCGACAGAGGAGUCUGAGCCCGCUCCGACACGCCGCGCUGUCGACAGGAGUUUCUCUGUCGGAGCUGGAGGUGAGUCACCGCGGACGACUGAGCGCGCUCCAACAUCACCCACCCAGAGUACAAACAAACAACAGGCGGGAACAUCUGCGGGGAGAGGCCAGAGGAGUCAGGCUGGAGGACUCGGAGACGAGAGGAACGUGUUCAUCAGGAAACGGUUGUUUAUAACCCGAUAA